AUGGAAGAACCUACAUUGUUGUUCCCAGACACAGACCUCGAUCUCAGCUUCACCAGCACCACCACCGACCGUACCAGUGCCCGAACUAGCCUCGCUCGAACCAGCAGCCUCACCCUCAGCUUCAACGACCGUAUCUCCACCGUCGAGCCAACCGUCUCCGUCGUCAAUCGCCGCCCCCACCGGAGCUCCGACCCCCACUGGUCCGCCAUUCAGGCCGCUACCAUGCUCUCUUCCGACGGACGCCUCCACCUCCGCCAUCUUAAACUCCUUCGCCACCUCGGCUCCGGCAACCUCGGCCGCGUCUUCCUCUGCCGCCUCCGCGACUACGACGGCGCCAACUUCGCCCUCAAAGUCGUCGACAAAGACCUCCUCACACCCAAAAAACUCUCCCACGCGGAAACCGAGGCCGAAAUCCUCCACGCGCUAGAUCACCCCUUCCUCCCCACGCUCUACGCACGCAUAGACGUCUCCCACUACACGUGCCUCCUCAUCGACUACUGCCCCGCCGGUGACCUCCACUCUCUCCUCCGCAAACAGCCCCACCACCGCCUCCCAAUCUCCGCCGCGCGUUUCUUCGCCGCCGAGGUCCUCGUCGCCCUGGAGUACCUCCACGCGCUGGGAAUCGUCUACCGCGACCUCAAACCCGAAAACGUUCUCUUACGCGAGGACGGCCACGUCAUGCUCUCGGAUUUCGAUCUCUGCUUCAAAUCCGACGUGGCACCAACUCUCACACUCCAGCCCCACAACAAACCCCAACGCGCGGGCCCAACAAACGGUUGUUGCAGUUAUAACCGUCACCGCUCAAAGCAAAACCAUGAAACGCUCCUGGCGGAGUUCGUUGCGGAACCCGUGACGGCGUUUUCACGGUCGUGCGUGGGGACGCACGAGUACCUGGCGCCCGAACUUGUGUCGGGUAACGGUCACGGUAACGGCGUUGACUGGUGGGCUUUCGGGGUUUUCGUGUACGAGUUGCUGUACGGGACGACGCCGUUUAGGGGGUGCAGCAAGGAGGGCACGCUGCGCAAUAUAGCGUCGUGCAAAGACGUGAGAUUCGUCCACGUGGCUGAACGAGAGGAGCCUGGGAUGGUUGAGGCUAGGGAUUUGAUUGAGAAGCUGUUGGUGAAGGAUCCAAGGAGGAGGCUAGGGUGCGCCAAGGGUGCCACUGAUGUUAAACGACACCCCUUCUUUGACGGCAUUAAGUGGGCGUUGAUUCGGACUUACCGGCCACCGGAAGUGAAGGGGUUGGAGAGAAGGAACAAGUCGCACGUGAGCGGUCACGUGAGUCGCAAACGUGAGAGGUGGUCCUGGAAGAGACUUGGGCAUGUCCUUGGGAAAUAUAAUUUGAUUUCAAACUAUAGUCUUCAUAAUAAAAAUUAUUAUCACUAUGUUGAUGAUAGUUAUAAGGUUAAUUAA